AUGACAAGAUUUGGUUUGUUGGCGUUAGCCACUUGGGCUGGCCUGGCCGCAGCCAAGGACGUAUACCUCGACUGGAACGUCACUUGGGUUAAUGCUGCCCCUGAUGGAUUUGAGCGCCCGGUCAUUGGUAUCAAUGGCCAAUGGCCUUGCCCACAGAUUGAUGUGGAUGUGGGCGACCGUUUAAUCGUCGAUGUCUACAAUGGCCUUGGAAAUGAGUCCACUGGUAUUCACUGGCACGGAUUCCGCCAGUUUGGAAAUGCGAUUAUGGAUGGGUCUGUGGGAGUCACCCAGUGCCCUAUUGCUCCUGGCUCGCGCAUGCAGUAUCAAGUUGAUAUCGACCAAACUGGAACAUACUGGUACCACUCGCACGACAUGGGCCAAUACCCUGAUGGAUUCCGUGGUCCUUUGAUUGUCCAUGAUCCUAAUGCCCCUUUCGAAUACGAUGAUGAAUUUACGAUCACCCUGAGUGACUGGUAUCAUCAGCAGAUGCCUGAUCUCCUCAAUUCCUACCUUUCUGAGGCUAACCAGGCCGCGUUUCACGGCAGAGAGCCUCUGCCUGACUCGGCACUGAUCAAUGACGCGACCGACACGAAGAUCAAGGUUCUGCCCAACAAGACCUACCUGGUCCACAUUGUCUGCAUCGGAAACUUCCCCGGCCAUACCUGGGUGUUUGAUGGCCACGAGAUGACUGUUGUUGAAGUCGAUGGCGUCUACACUGAGCCCUUCCCUGUGGGAGACAGAUUCCUGCGCAUCGCAACUGGUCAGCGUAUGAGUGUUUUGAUCAAGACGAAAUCUGAUACCAGCCAGAACUUUGCCAUUUGGGAUACCAUGGAUGUAAAUAUGAUGUUCUUCUAUGAACGUCGUGACAUCCCCCCAGGCUACAAUCCCAAUGCCACUGCCUGGUUGGUUUACGACGAGUCCAAGCCUUUGCCCGCGCCUCCUGUUUUCCCUCCCAGCUUCGACUUUGUCGAUGAGCUCGAGUUUGUGCCUGCCGACCGCGAGCCUCUGCUGGAGCCAGUGAACCACCAGAUUAUUCUUGACACCGGCUCUACUGUCAUCAACGGCAUUGGACGCUUCACUGUCAACAAUAAGACAUAUAUCGCUCCUAAGGUCCCGACCCUGUACACUGCUAAUACAGUCGGUCCCGAGCUCGCCUCCAACCCCGAAGUAUACGGCCAGGUCAAUCCUCUCAUUGUCAAAUACGGCGAUAUUGUCGAGAUUGUGAUCAACAACAACCACGGCAAUCUGCACCCAUGGCACUUGCAUGGCCACCAGUUCCAGGUCCUGCAGCGCAAUGGAGUCGAUGAGGGCUACUACAGUGGUCUCUUUAGCAACAUCUCUGCGACCCCAAUUAGACGCGACACCAUCAUGGUCGAGAACCACGCUCACACCGUUAUCCGCUUCCGCGCUGACAACCCCGGUGUUUGGAUGCUUCACUGCCACAUCGAGUGGCACGUCGAAGGUGGUCUGAUGGCCACUCUCAUCGAGGCGCCCGAGACCUUCCCAGACAGCCUGAAGGCCCCUCCCAAGAGCCAUUAUGAUGCCUGCGCGGCCUACCCCCAGCCCCAGAGUGGUAAUGCCGCUGGUAAUAAAGGGCUUGACAUGACUGGACUCGAAACCGAAGUUACUGGCGACAACCACGGCGCUCUGUAUUCUCCCACUGAACACACCAGCGUUGUCCCCAGUGUCCCUGUGGCUAGUAACCCAGCCUCCGCCCCAGCACCAGUUCCAUCAUCGUCAAAGCCCAGCACCAAGACCAGGACCACUACUCGCCGGCCAGCCCACAGUCAGACACUUGUCCCGAAGCCCAAGUCUCCCGCACUCCCUGUAGAGCACGCUCCCGUGCCCGCACCUGUUGCCAAGCCACAUGGAAACCCUCACCACUAUUGGAAGAACCAGCCUCUAGCCCACCCCCACGAGUCAACCCACACCACGACCCAAGACACCAGCGGUCAGUGGAUGACGGAGGAGUCGAACGUUCACAUCGAGAACCCGAACCGACCACACGACCACCACUUCACGAUCCACCAGGAGCAGAUCUACGGUCCUGGUCCCGACCAGAAAAGCAAUGGCCAAAAAUGGUCCCCCGGCUCUGGACCUGGUGCCAUCCUCAACAGCUUCGAGGAUUUCUGA